UCUAGCGGUGGCAGGAGGUGUGGUUGAAAACUAGCUCCACAAGAUUUCCCAGCAGUCUGGACUGUAUAACUGACACUGGCUGAGUUAAGGCAGACAUUUUUACCUCUGGGAGUUCCUCUAAAUCCAGGCUGGAGCUGGGAAUGCCUCGCUACGAUCCUGAUUGCUACAAAUUGACUUUAAGUAAAGUUACUUUUACUAUUUUUUGAAGAUAUCCAAGGUGGCAUAGAAGUGUGGGCUGAAAUCCAGGGCAGCUCAUGAUGAUGCAGCAUGAUUCAGUUCUCCAGGACCUGAGGGAUAAGAGAACACAGGCUGGAUGACAUUUCUCACAAGAACGCAUCUCAGCCUCAAACCUGCUCUGAUUGCAUUCUCACCAACAGCUCCCUCUCUAACUUGCAGCCAUGAAGGACCGCAUAGACGAGCUGCUUCAGCAAAUGAAACGCAUCGAGAGAGAACGGGAUGAUGAUUAUUUUACACAAGAUGAGGAAGAAGACCCAGAAUUCUCAGUUGCUCUGCAGGCUGUGGUGUUCGAGGCUGAGCCUGUACUGGACAACUUCCUGGAGGAGGCCAAGCGUGUUCGGGACAGCCUUGAAGACCUGGAGGCUGAAGUGAAGAAAUUCAGCCAACAACAGAGGAACCUGGUGGCCACCAUGCGGCGCCUCAGUGUCAUGAAAAAGGAGAGCAGCAUCACGCGGGACAUCAAGCUGCAGGCUGAGAGUCUGCGCAAGAGGCUGGAUGCCCUGUCUAAACAGGCCAAGCAGAGUGAAGCUGAACUGGGCCCAUCGGCCGCCACAGCCCGCAUCCAGCAGGCACAGCACGCAGCGCUCUUCCGCCAGUUUCAGCAGGUCAUGCGCCAAUACAAUGACUCGCUCCUCAGCAAGCAGGACAAGUGCAAGCAGUUCAUCAUCCGGCAGCUGGAGGUGUCUGGCAGAGAAGUAUCAGAGGAAGAGGUGGAGAACAUGGUGGAGCAGGGCAAGUGGGACGUCUUCAACGAGAACAUCCUGCUGGACCUCAAGAUCACGAGAACCCAGCUGUCCGAGAUAGAGCAGCGCCACAAAGAGCUGGUCACGCUGGAGAGUAACAUGAAGGACCUGAGAGACCUUUUUCUAGAUGUGUUCAUGCUUGUGGAAGAGCAAGGAGUACGAAUUAAUAACAUACAGGCCAACGUAGAGAAUACUCAAGACUAUGUGAUGGCCACUAAUGAAAAGUUCAAAAUGGCCUCUAGAUACAGGAGGAAGAACCCUCUAAGAAGACUCUGCUGCUGCUGCUGCCCAUGGAGAUGUCGAUAGCAUAGAAAAAAAAUCAGUGUUGAUUAAACCCAAAAGGAAUCACUGGAACGUAUAAAACCUGUCUGUAAUAAAAAAAACAGUGUUUUUCUCCACUGAAAGUCUGAAAAGAAUGUAGAGCAUUGAGGAUUGGAUCAGUGUGAUAGUAUAACUAAUCACAUGUAGCUAAUCACUUAAAAGUCUUUAAAAAAAACCCAUCACAAUCACAAAUUGUCUUAUUUAUUAAUACAUUUAUUUAUAAGAGAGGUGUGUUUUAAGUCUACACUGCUUGAGGAGAGAGAUGGUCAAAAUCUAAGCACAUCUCAGCUUUAAAUUUUUAAAGUGAUGUUAUGAAAUACAACAAUAGCCCUAUCCGGACAGGAUUAGUUCCUCAGGGGGACAUCUGUGAAUAAUAUUUCACACUUCUAUUCAGUGAUAAAACUCUUGCAUCCGGACUGCAAUUGAAAAAACAGGAGGACAGUGAGUUGUUUGGCUUUCUUGGUCACAUGACAUCGCGUUCAGUAGCUCCUCCAUUUCCACUCGCUGUUGUGUUUACGUGGAUCUCCGUGGAAACAUGCACCCAAAGUGUAAUUACGAUGCGUGGCAGUGGACAAAGAGCUAUUUUAUUAAACGCAAGAUGAUGAGACUAAAAUUACCAGAGGACCACAGAGUUCAGCACAGUAGGCAAUUCAGCCUAUAAUUUUCUCAGAGGACGUCUAAGAAAAACACAUACAUGGUCAUUCUGGACAGGAAUAAAAUCACAGAGGACCCCCCAUAAAAGAGAAAAUUACCCCAGGACCCCUUGAGAAAGUAAUUCUGUCUGGAUAGGGCUAAAGAAUGUGUUUACAAGUCUUCCAAAAUUAGUUAAUCGGUGAUUUACUGCAGUUCUCUGAAUAUUUCGAGAAGUCAUGUAAACUGCAUACUCCAAUUUCUUUGAUUAGAAUCACAUCUAGAAAUCCUAUUAAGAUUUCUUCUUAGUAAUCACAUUUCUCUGUCCAUGUAUACUCUUAACCAGAGUAUUCACAGAUACCACAGUCUGUGUCUGCGUGAAACAACGCUGUGUUUAACACAGCACCCACAAGAUGGCAACAAAUCACUUUUGGAGACACUCUGAAACUGAAGAAUUUCAAUAAUCUUCAUUUUCUAGCAUAUGUAUGUUCAUAUUGCGUCUCAAUGUGUGUAACGUACUUAAAUACCAAUAUUUAAAUAAAAUAGUUUUUAUUUAAGAUUUUACAUGAUUAUUAUAUCAUGUUAUAUAUGAAACACUGGUUUUAAAGCAAAAAUCCAUUUAUUGCUUUAAAACCAGCUGGCACACAACCGACCUUCAACAUUGAAAUGUGGUUGAAAUAUGAUUGAAGUACUGUCUGUUGUUGUUUCAAUGUUAAAUGGUUGUGCAAACGUACACAAAUUAACGUUGAAUCAACAUAAUGUCCUUAACCUUCUGCCUUUUGAAUUAUUUUUUACAUUUUACAUUUCAUCCCCAUACAAUUUCAAAAAACGGUUGAAUGGAGGGAAUGAAAAAGUGUUUUUACUUCCAUUUGCAGUUUUCGCUUUUUAAUUUGGCACCAAUUGGUCAUCAUACCUGUGAGUAUGUUCAUGUUUUUUUUAGUUUUACUGUUGUGUUUUUAAGAUCAGAUGUUAAAUCAGAUGUAAGUUUAUUGUCAACGCUCUGUAAACCAUAGGAUUUUCUAGUUUUAGUGAACUAUGGUUUAUUAAAGGUUGAACAUACAACGCUGACUUCGUUUUCAAAAUCAACACCAAAUCCAAUGUUGAUUCAACCAUAACAUCAAUGUUGAUUCAAACUCAGAGUUUUCCCAUUGACUGAUAACCUAUAAUUUCACGUAAAUACAGUGAUCAGAUUACUGAAAAACUGUGAUGUUCUGCAGUAGUCAGAUUAUAAAUUGCAUGCAAAUGCACUUAAUUAUGAGAGAAGGUUGUGCCCCAGCCUCUCCUACUUCAGUUAAAUUAUACAUAUACAUCAUUAUCACAAUAUUGGACUUUGUGGGCCAUCUGACUUUUCACUGUUAUUUAUUUUUUUUAUUGUGUGCUGUGAUCACUUUGAACAAUCUCAGCUGUUCCAGACAAGAUCCAAUCUGUUUUUAUUCAAUCAAUGAAAGAGUUAAUAGAAAUAGUCUUUAUCAUGCAGCCCAAAUAUGCCACGUGUACACAACCCUGUAUUUAACAAUGUGUCAAAGAGUGAUACAGCCCUAUUUGAUUUCUUUUAUUUUUUCCUGUCUUUCUCUAUGUAGUUUCACAAUUUACCUAAAAAAAAAGGCUUUCGCUGAACAAAUAUGACUAAUAUAUUGUAAAACAGAACAAUAACAUGAACCAAUGAAUUGAAAUGAAUUUCUAAAACUUUCUAGGUCAAGAAGAAGUAAUAAUAGAGUAAUAAUCUCAUACAUGUCUUUCUUUAUUUGACCACAGUAAAAUCUCCAUUAUUCAUUCAGCUUCAAAGAGUGAAACUGGUACGUCACAUGACAGACGGCGUAUUGAGGACACGUUAGUCAGCAGUGCAGGUGUCUAAUGUCAGGGAAAACAUUCACAAGUGGGGAUCUGGGUGUGUCUCGUUUUCUGUCCGACACCUGUUUGGCAGGAAUCUAAGGAGAACAAUAUUGUUCAGAUACCGCAGGAUAAAGGUCAGUGCUGCUGUGUUUACCCAGGGUCAAUAAACAAAUUUACCAUUAA